AUGCGCCUCGAACCCCCACAGCCACUCGCCACAGGCGGCUCGGCAGCACCGUCGGCCCCAAACCGCCUACUCGCUCUACCGAGAGAACUCCGCGAUAUCAUCUAUGAGUACGCACUCACUGAGGAUGAAGGCCUGCUCUUGUUCGAGCGUCGCACACUAGGGGAACCCUACAGCUCCCGGAGGAUCUUCGAAGGACGCCGCCCGACUGACCCCGAUGUCGAAUCCAAUCGCCUAAAAUACGUCUGUCGCCAACUAUACGACGAAACCAAGGGUCUGGGAUUGGGACUAAACGAUCUCGCCAUGCAUUCCAAGCGUCAGGUUGAAGGUUUCGUUGCCAAGACCGAUUCCGCCGUCCACUGGCUCCUCUUGGCCGGCACCAUCCUGUAUGCGAGAUACAUGCACGCGAACCAUGCUGCUAUCCCUCCGCAAAUAAGCAUGAUGGCCGCGCGCAUAAAUGCUGAUCGGGUGCAUCCAAUUCCCAGUCACAUCCGCAUAUUCCUUGGUAAAGAACCUGGCCACGUCAUACACACUGAUUUCGAUGAGAGAUCCGUACAGACAUUUGGUGAAGAACAGAUCAAGAUCUGCACUCGAGAGCUCGAGAAGUGGCAACGCGACGGCAUCUAA